AUGCAUGUUUCUGAGACUAGAAUAAGAUGCGUCAUCAUUCCAGUUCCACUAGAUAGAAACGUGAUGAAUCUCAAUGACGCACAGCAAAAUCUGUAUUCUUUACACAUCUUUAAACACCAAUGUCCUGUGUUUUCAUACAAAUGGUACAUAGAUAAGAGACAUGAAAAGAAUGAAUCAGAGAAUCAUUUAAACUGCAUAUCACAAAAACAAAUAAGCCUUAUGCUUGGUCUUUUGUUUUCAAUUAAAACAUUUUGUAAAAAAAUAAGUCCUGAGGAGCAAUCUUCAACAAGCAUUGUCACUUCUUCAUCCUUCCAUUCUUUUAGUACUUCACUGUAUAAACUUCAUUAUUUUGAAUCUCUUACUGGUUGCAAGUUUGUACUGAUUACGAAGCCUGGACUACCAGACAUGUGUGAUUUUUUAAAAACUGUGUAUAAAGACAUUUAUGUUGGUAAAAUAUUAAGAUGUAUGAAUGAAGCGAGCGUUUCGGAAAACGCUGCUUUCUUUUUUUCUGUGGAGCUUGAAAAUUUUAUACAACAAAGUCGCUAUAGUAAAUUGCUUGAAACGAAAAACGGAUUACUCUCAUUGUAUCAUUGCGAAACGAAAAUGUAGAUAGCUUGUUGUGUUUGUAUUUCUUUUUAUUUCUAUUCAAAUUAAAACACAACA